UUUCUGUGAGGAAUACUUUCUCAUCGAUCCUCACUUCUUCUUUUUUCCUGCCUUUUUUGGGUCACUGGCUAAUGUGUCCAGAAAAAAAGGUCAGUCUUCUUUUUCAAGCGGAGUUUGCUGCAUGUGCUGAGUCCUCGGUGGUCAUCCUCUCUGCGAUGCUUUGGAGUGUGUAUACCCCUGGCACAGCCUGCUCUUAUCCUGCUUCACUGGUUUCAGCUGAGCCACAGUGUCAGAGGUGACUCUGACACAACAGCCUGCUGUGUGAAAACCUCAGUUCUGGAUCAGAGGGAGCUGCCUGAAGCAAUGCUUAAUCUGGAUGUUAUGGCAGCUGAUCCGAAUUGUCACAUUUCUACUUCGCCAAUAUAAGCUGGAUUUCCACGUAAAGGAUAGUAGACUUUUGGGAUCAGUGAAGUCUCCGUACUUCUCCAUGGCAUGCUGUUUCAAGUCCCGCCACCGUGGAAGCUGGACACUGAGCACCCCCCUCUCAGAUGAUGAAGUUCAGGAGCACCGCAGCACAACGGGGGGAGAGGCGGGUAGCACGGCGGAUAGCACGCCUCCCACAAAGCGCAAGGGCAAGUUUUCUACACUUGGCAAGAUCUUCAAACCAUGGAAGUGGCGGAAGAAGAAAAGCAGUGAGAAGUUCAAGGAAACUUCGGAAGUUCUGGAGAGAAAGAUGUCAAUGAGGCGCACGAGGCAGGAGCUUAUAGAACAAGGAGUGCUGAAGGAGGUCCCAGAUAACGCUUUGACAGAUGUGGACAAGGAUACACAACACCUGAAGCAGCCCUACGUGAAGAACGGCCACACACUCCCUGUGAGCACUGGGGGUGGAGGAGGAGAAAGCAGUGGGAGGAGCCCCAGCAAUCAUGGAAAACUCACCUCAGAGUUGGACUUUAGGAAAAACCCAACUUGGCUCCCUCAACUAGAUGAGCAUAGGGGACAUUCUCCCUUAGAUGGAGACAGACGGGGAGCCCAAAUCUCCAGGGGCUCUGGACUACAUGAAGAUGUGCGAAGAGGGGGAGGAGUUACAGCACACUCAUAUGGAGAGGGAGAGUGGAAGCCUAACAUGGCGUGGCAGGGUCAAAUCCAUGGCCAGAUGGAGGACAACAGACGUGGAGGUAGGCUUCACCCUGAGGAUGGGCAUAAGCGGCCCGGCCUACAAAAGGCACCAUCAGAAGAUGGCAGGAGGAGUCGGCCUGGAGAAUCAGAUUGGAAGCCCACGCUCCCUCGACAUGCAUCUGCUGAAGAUGGACGGGCCCGCAGAGAGUCAGACAGUCAUUUUGUACCAGAGCUGGAAGCCCAGCGGGACACCCUGCGUGAACCUCUACCUCCCAAACAGACAGUCAUGCCUCCAAAAUGGCUGAUGAGCUCAAACCCUGAAGCAGGCGCCGAGGGUUCACCUCGCACCCCAUCUAACCACCCCAGCACUCAGUACUCAUCUCCUUCCGCCCCCUCAACAGCAGCGGCCAAACCUGUUAGGUCGGUCUCCUCUGCAGGUGCCAUCCCGCUGCAGUCUCCAGCUGCUCCAAACUCCACCCCUCAGACCACCAAACAGCCGCCAUUGCCCCCACCAAAGCCGGUGAACAGGAGCAACGCUGCCUUGCUGGUCUCCGCCCUGCAGGGGGGAGAGAAUGCUCAGCUUCCGCUCUACUGGUCCUGCUGGAAGCGAGAGUGCGACUAUGAUGUCUACCUUUCCCUACCAGUCUACCUGUGUCGGCGGGCCGGCGGCCUGCGCUCAGGUGAUCUCACCCAACCCACUGGGGGUGCUAGUCUUGUGCCAGCUAAGCCCUCACCACCAAUGCCUCCUAAAAGGACCACGCCAGUCACCAAGCGCAGCAUGGAGGAGAUGGCUCCUUCCAGCCAUCCCAUCAGUCCCUCACCACUUUCUGUAGAGGACCACAACAACCUAACUGUGGGCUUCCAGCUGCCUCCCCCUCCUCCCUCCCCACCCCUACCCACACACGUACCACCGUCGCCGCCCCGCCAACAGAUUCACAGUCACCACCUUCACCAUCAGCACUCCUACCCUCACCCUUUACCCCAACCCCUACCCAUGCUGUUUGACCCACCAAGCCCCAGCAGUGAGUCUCCCCAGCGUCCAGCUCCUGUCCCGCUGCACAUCAUGAUCCAGCGAGCCUUGUCCAGUCCCGGCCCAGCUCAGCCCCAUCCAGAUGGUUUGCAGCGGGCACACACGCUGCUCUUUGAAACCUCUUCAGAAUACCAAGGAGACCGAGGUCGCCCCCUACCUGUCAGCAUCCAACCACUAAAACUAUCUGAAGAUGAUUACUCAGAAGAGGAAGAAGACGAGGAGGAUGAUGAUGAUGAUGAAGAAGAAGAGGCGUAUGAUGGCGAGAUCCCUCAACCAGAGCUGGAGCCUCGGAGUCGCCGCUGCUUGGUCGUAGACUCUGGUGUUUGUGUCAUCCCAGCUGGAAACGAGAACGGUGAGGAAGAGGAUGAAGAGGAUGAGGAUGAACAGCGUGGCACACACGGGGAGGACAGUGACUCAGAUGGUCCUGUGCUUUACAAAGAGGAUGACUCUGAUGAAGAGGAAGAGGAGGAGCCCCCACUCAGUGCUCUGGCGAGCAGAGUGAAGAGGAAAGACACUCUGGCUCUGAAACUUAGCAGCCGUCCUUCUGCUCCAGACAGGGACAGAUUUACCCAGGAGAGGAGCGCUAGAGACAAUCAUCCUCCAGGUCAGACGGGCCUCACGUGGCAGAGCAGGGAGCAGUGGGAGGCCAUCCGCACGCAGAUCGGCACUGCACUCACAAGACGGCUUAGCCAGAGACCCACCGCUGAGGAGCUUGAGCAGCGAAACAUCCUUCAGCCCAAGAAUCAGGCUGACAGACAAGCUGAGGUUCGAGAGAUCAAACGUCGGCUGACCAGGAAGCUGAGUCAAAGACCCACAGUUGCAGAAUUGCAAGCGAGGAAAAUCCUGCGAUUCCACGAGUAUGUGGAAGUCACAGACGCUCAAGACUAUGACCGUAGAGCAGACAAGCCUUGGACAAAGCUGACUCCUGCUGACAAGGCUGCCAUCCGGAAAGAGCUCAACGACUACAAAAGCACUGAAAUGGAGGUUCAUGAAGACAGCAGAAUCUACACCAGGUUUCAUCGGCCAUAGGCCCGCCCCCUUCCUCGACAACGAAGCACUUAAGAUCGCCGUGGCAUGUCGUCUGUUCCCUAAGCGGGCCUUUUUUCUGUUUCCUGAAUGUACUGUACAGAUGAUCAGGGAACGCCUGGAACUGACGCCGCACAUUAAAAAAGAAAAAGCUUGUUUCCCUCCAUCGCCCUGUCGAAUACAUUGCUUUGACUAAACUGAGGUAGUGUUGGGUGAGAUGCAGUAUGUCUCCCAGACAAACAGACGUACCACGUGCCAAUGAAGCGGAGAGGCGGCGGACGGGCGGACCGACGCAGCGCCCUCCUCCUCUCCCUCUGCUGCUGUGUGGAAGCCAUCAGGCUGGAGUUCCGACUUUUAAUACAGCCUCAUUCUGUGUUGCCUUUUUUUCCCUUCUUCACUGUACAUGGAAACACUAGCUCAUCUCACUUAUGUAAUGACAUACAAUAGUAAUAAUAACAAUGAAGACUUAUAAUACUCUGCAGUAAUAAUAGAUCAUAGAGACAAGCGGCUGAAGGAUGGAGACUGGAAUACGCUGGAUAUCUCUGGGAUAAUGUGUUUUAUAUAUCUGUGUACAGACUGAAGAUGUGUUGUGUCUGAUUGAAACUUGGAGAGCUGUAAAGUAAACAUAUUCUGUACUGCACAAGAUAUUUUAUAUUGUAAUUUUAAACACAGCUUUUAUUUGAGGUUUUGUUGUUUUACUAUUUCAUUCAGCUUGCCUAUAUUUGUGGUUGUGAUGUGAGGUGGCCAUUCGGCUGUCCGUCUAGGUAGAUAUAGGAAAGUUGCAGGUCUGCACACUGUUGUAGUUUUUAAACGUGUGCCAAUGUCAACGAGGCCUGAAGAAUGACACCCUGCUGGUCUUCAUGUCACACAUUUACUGCACGAGCCAACACACAACCAGUGAGUGGGUCUGAUUCAUCGCUCUUCAUUUAUACUUUUUUUUAUGAGUUUUUGUACAUCCCUUUAAAUAUAAAACAUGCAAUGCAUUGUGUAGCCAUUUUAAAUAAGGUGGCGUGAUCAACACCACUAGUAAGAGUUUAAUGUCAGUUGCUGUAAGUGUAGAUCAGGGAUUUGUCAAAAAAUCAUAAAAUGUAUAAACGGUGAACAGGGAAGCUGCAGGAAUGUUUUAUCGUGUACCAUCUGGCCAGUAGCUAACAGGGUUCUCUAUGCCGUGUACAGGUCGAUAAUAGGUUUAACUGAUGCUUAUGUAUAUUUUGUAUUCCUUUCAUUUGAAAAGAAUUUUUUAAAUAAUAGAAGUAUUAUAGGUUGCUAUUUUUUUAAGCACAGAAUAUUGGUUUAUGUUUAAAUGCCAUAAGAAUGGGAAUAUGAAUGCGUACCUACACUGUAAGACUUAAGUUACUUUUUAAUUGAAUGUGGAAUUGUUCGAACUGACACAUAUUUUCAUUGUAUUUGUAAAUAGCCACAUCUGGAUCUAAUUAAAUAUCUUACAAUUCCUUGA